UUUUGCCAACGUACUCGCAAUAGUUCCCAUGGUUUCCUUUGCUCCCAGCGGUUGCGCGGGCUGGGUUUUUGGAGCAAAGGCAACGGAUACUGCUGAGGCUCCUGAGAAUGCCCCGUUUUCGAGGCUGCAGUAGCUCCAGUGUCCGGUUCUGUAGUGCCGAGAGGGAGGCCUCGGGCUCCGGGCGGGGGAAUGUGUUGCAGUUCGUCCAAGAGCCCCAGGCCCAGCAAAGCCGCCCGUUCCCUGCUGGGGCGCAACUCUCACUGGAACUGUUGUUCUCUGACUGGGGAAUGGAAUGGGCUCAGCCAAGGCUCCCGAAACCAGCCCUGCCGCUCCCACUUGUGGUCUCAUUCUCAAGAGCGGCUGUCUGCGCCGCGAGGCAUCACUUUCGCUUCUGCCUCCUCGUGCGCCUAUUGCGGCAACUACUCACGCUCCUACGGGACGAGGAGAGGGAGGUGAAUCCGUGGCAGAGCUGGAAUGGGAGAGAACACAGCGUGCCACGAAGGGCCACACGGAGGUUGCUGUUGAAAAAUAGUAGUCUAGUUAUUCAAGUGAAAGAUCCAAGAAAGGAAGAAAGAAAAAUUUACCGAAAAGAAAACACAAGAAGUAUUCUGAAGAUAGCGGCGACAGUGACUCUGAUUCUGAAACAGACUCCAGUGGGCCUCCCUCUGUCACCCAGGCUGAAGGGCAGUGGCUCGAUCUCUGCUCACUGCAACCUCCACCUCCAGGGUUCCAGUGAUUCUCCUGCCUCAGCCUUCCGAGUAGCUGUGACCACAGGCAUGCGCAACCAUGCCCAGCUAUUUAAAAAAAAAAAAUUGUAGAGAUGAGGUCAUGCUGUGUUGCCCAGGCUAGAACUGCUUUCUGUCUCCUCAGUAUUCCAUGUUCUUUCUCUUGACUCCAUUGCUUGGUAGAGAGGCCCUCUGCCUACAAUACCAAUCUCUUCUUCCAACAAGCUUGGCUUACUCAUUGCAACAAUGGAUUUUGUAAUCAAAUAACUACUCUAAGAGCCACCUUUCUUGGUCAACCAUUCCUCAACCCCCCUCCUCAAGUCAGUUCUGAUUUUGAGACUCCUCUGUGUGUCCAGAGCACCUCAAGCUUCCUUCUGUCACUCUGGAUUGUAUCAAUCUCUUUACCUAUUUGUCUCCUCCAUUAGACUGAGCUCCUAGAAAGCAUUCUCCUUCCCCACUCCAACACACACAUAGUUUUCUUUCCCUUUUUAUCAUGAAAAUCUUCAAAUGUUCAGAAAAGUAAAGGGAAUAGUAUAAUUAAUACUAUAAACCUUAGUACUCAGUUUUAACAUUUGUUAGCAUUUUGACAUGUUUGCUUCAAAUAUGGAUUUUUCACUAAGGUAUUCAAAGUAAAUUACAAAUGUCAUCACAUUUCGAUACAAAAUAUUUCUGUGCAUCUCUUUAAAAUGAUGUUUUCCUACUUAACCAUAAUACCAUUAACUUAUGAAAAAAUUAACAUUAAUUUCUUAUAUAAUACCUAAUGUGACUUUAAUAAUAUAUAUAUCCCCAGUGCCUAGCACAGUUCUUGACAAAUAGUAAUAAAUGUUUGAAUGAAUAAAUUUCUCUGUAACAACAAAUGAGAAAUAGCAAAAGCAUAUUUAUUUACUCAAAAGUAUUGAGGUUUUAGAGGUAACUUUUUAAAAAUUAUAAUUGUUUUAAUUUGCAGAUGAAGACACAAAAAUGAGAGCAAAGACAGCUAAGAAAAAGGAAAAGAAACACAGAUGGCCAGAUUUUUUCCUUUAAUUUUUAUUAUGGAAAAGGUCAAAUGUGUAUAAACAUACAUAGAAUGGUAUAAUGAUCCCCCAGGCACAUAGCACCCAGCUUGAACAAUUAACAACUUGUGGGAAAUUGCCACUGCCCCCUAAUUAAUUUGAAACCAAUCCCAGGUAUAAUGUCAUUUAUAAACAAUUCAGCAUGUUUCUCUAAAAGACAGUGUAUUAGUCUGUUUUCACAUGCCAUAAAGACAUACUUGAGACUGAGUAAUUUAUAAAGAAAAGAGGUAUAAUUGAUUCAUAGUUCUGUAUGGCUUGGGAGGCCUCAGGAAAUUUACAAUCAUGGCGGAAGCCAAAGGGGAAGCAAGGCACAUCUGACAUGGGAGCAGAAGAGAGAGUGAGAAGGGGGAAGCACCAGACACUUAACAGACAACCAGUUCUCAUGAAAACUCACUCAGUAUCAUGACAACAGCAUGGGGGAAACCCAUCCAUCCAAUUACCUCCCACCAGACCCCUCCCUCCGCAUGUGGGGAUUAUAAUACAAGAUGAGAUUUGGGUGGGGACAGAGCCAAACCAUAUCAGAUACACAUUCUUUUUCUAAAAACAUAACUACCAUACCAUUAUCAUGCCUAAAAAUAUUAACAAUAACUCCUCAACUCUCAUCACACUCCAUUUUUAAAUUUUUGUUGUUUUCUAGCCUGGCAGUCUCACAUGAGGAAGACAGCUAAAGAAAGCCAAGGUCUGACUGCUUCUUUUUGAUGAUCAAUUAAUCUAGAAUAUUAAUCAGGGAACUACCUCCUCCCUCUUGCUUCUAGCGGCACUAAACAAAAGGUUCCCUUUUUGUGUUUUUAUCAUCAGGAACCAGGGUCCUUUCAAGGAGGUUGAAUGAGACAAAAUAUAUUUGAAUGCAUGAUUGUCAGCUUCUGAGCUGGGGAAUAUGCAACAAUAUGCCUUCUGGGCUGGGGAUGGGAGAGCAAAGGGAGAACGGCCUCAUUCUGGCUUUGGUAGAGUCUCCUCUUGUGUUUCAUUUGAUGCAGAGGACCUUUGGGCCAGAAUGAUUCCUAUUUCCCUAUGUCCUCCACAGAAAGGGAGGACAGUGAACAGAAUUUGGAAUAUACUAGAUAGAUGUUUGGCUGCCACCUUCCCAUAAAGCCCUAUGAGUAGCUUCUUCGGAAGAUUCCUUUAGACUACAGGGUUGUGUCUAAGCUCUUCAGCAUCAAUGCAGAUGGGCCCUGUCUUGAAACACACUGUUCUUUUACUAGGGACUUUCCCCACCCCCAUUUUGCAUAUGUAUGUAUGUGAGAUGUACAGGGCCUAUUGGUGAUUGAGGAAUGUCAGCUCAUAAAAUGAGGCUUCCUUGUAAUUCUGUUUAAAUGACUUUUCCUUUGAAAUUCUUAUCCAUACCUUAUUUGGCACACAAAACAGAUAUACAGUUGAUCCUUGAACAACACAGGUUGGAGCUGCAUAUGUCCACUUAUAUGUGGAUUUUUUUUUUCAAUAAAUAGAAUUGGCCCCCCAUAUCUGUGGGGAAAAGCAAGAGAGAUCAGAUUGUUAAUAUGUCUGUAUAGAAAGAAGUAGACAUAAGAGACUCCAUUUUGUUCUGUAUUAAGAAAAAUUCUUCCGCCUUGAGAUGCUGUUAAUCUGUGACCUUACCCCCAACCCCGUGCUCUCUAAAACAUGUGCUGUGUCAAACUCAAGGUUAAAUGGAUUAAGGGUUGUGCAAGAUGUGCUUUGUUAAACAAAUGCUUGAAGGCAGCAUGCUCCUUAAGAGUCAUCACCACUCCCUAAUCUCAAGUACCCAGGGACACAAAAACUGCGGAAGGCCGCAGGGACCUCUGCCUAGGAAAGCCAGGUAUUGUCCAAGGUUUCUCCCCAUGUGAUAGUCUGAAAUAUGGCCUCGCGGGAAGGGAAAGACCUGACCGUCCCCCAGCCCGACACCCGUAAAGGGUCUGUGCUGAGGAGGAUUAGUAUAAGAGGAAGGCAUACCUCUUGCAGUUGAGACAAGACAAAGGCAUCUGUCUCCUGCCUGUCCCUGGGCAAUGGAAUGUCUCGGUAUAAAACCCGAUUGUACGUUCCAUCUACUGAGAUAAGGAAAAACUGCCUUAGGGCUGGAGGUGAGACGUGUGGGCGGCAGUACUGCUUAACAAAGCAUUGAAAUGUUUAUGUCUAUGCAUUUCUAAAGCACAGCACUUGAUUCUUUACCUUGUCUAUGAUGCAAAGGCCUUUGUUCAUGUGUUUGUCUGCUGACCCUCUCCCCACCAUUGUCUUGUGACCAUGACACAUCCCCCUCUCUAAAAAACACCGAUAAGUAAUCAAUAAAUACUAAGGGAACUCAGAAGCCAGUGGGAUCCUCCAUCUGCUGAACGCUGGUCCCCUGGGUCCCCUUAUUUCUUUCUCUUCACUUUGUGUCUUUUCCUUUUCCAAGUCUCUCGUUCCACCCAACGAGAAACACCCACAGCUGUGAAGGGGCGACCCACCCCCUUCACAUAUCCACAGGUUUCACACCUGCAACCAAAUGCAGAUCAAAAAUACAGUAUUCGUGGGAUGCAAAACCUGCAGAUAGGUAAGGCCAACUUUUUGUAUACUUGGAUUCUGCAGGGCCAAGUGUGGGGCUUGAGUAUGCAUGGAUUUUGGUAUCUGCAGGGGUCCUGGGAACCAAUGUUUACAAGGAAUUCACAACUUUUAUAAAAUAAAAAAUGUGCCUUAUAAAAAAUGGUGCACUGACUUUUUUGUUUAUUCAGUUCAUUUAACAGACAUUUGGUGAACUGCACUUGAAGAUGUGCCAUGCAGAAUUUGAAUCUGGCAGAAAAACAUUUUGGAAAAAUUUGUAAAAAACAGACCUAAGAAAAUGGAGACUACAAAUGAAUGCUGAUGACAGGGGCCUAUACCAGGCCAAACAAAGUCAGGGCAAAGCAAGGCAUAGACAGAGGAGGCAAGGACAGCAUGGGAAGCCUGGAUAUUCUAGACUGCAGUGGCACUACAAGAACCCAACUCCAACUGGGCUCCAGAACAAGGAUGGCAUUAUAGGGCCCAUCCAAGAUUAUGAUGACAGGGAGAUCGAUGGCAAUGGGUGACAUAUAUCUAAAAUCUAAAGCCUUCUGAUAUCUUCUCUACUUGAUCUUCCUAAUCUUAAACCAAACCUUCAGAGGGAGAAAGAGAAUUGGUUCAGUAUAUUUAAUAGUUCAUAUCUUAAUAGAAAAAUAUAACAUGCAAAUCUAUGUGCUAUUGAAAUUUUAAACCACAGUGGGAGAGACUAUUAUGUUAUUACUGAAAUAUCUUAGGAAAGUUAACACUGCAAGCCUUCCCUUCAGCUCACCCUUAGUGAGCAUGGACUAUUUGCCAAGCUCUGGACUAGGCCUCUGGCUUUGUUUUGUAAACCAAAAAGUAUCUGAGACAGGUCUCAAUCAAUUUAGAAAAUUUAUCUUGCCAAGGUUAAGUAUGCACCUGUGACACAGCCUCAGGAGGUCCUCACGACAUGUGCCCAAGGUGGUCGGGGCACAGCUUGAUUUUAUACCUUUUAGGGAGAUAUGAGACCAAUCGAUAUGUGUAAGAUACACAUUGGUUUGGUCCGAAAAGGCAGGACAACUCGAAGUGGGGAGGGGGCUUCCAGGUCAUAGGUAGAGACAAAUGGUUGCAUUCUUUUGAGUUUCUGAUUAGUCUUUCAGUGAAUACACGAUUUACAGAAAUAUUCACUUAUCCCUUAGUCUGGCUUAGUCAAACAAUAGGGCAAAGAAAGCAAUCAGAUAUGCAUUUGUCUCACAUGAGGAGAGGGAUGACUUUAAAUUCUGUCUGUUCACAAGGAAUUUCCUUGUGAGCAAAUUGUGAGGGAGGUAUACAGCUUUUUAAAAAAUCUUUGUAGUUAUCUUAUUUAGGAAUAGAACAGGAGGCAGGUUUGUCCUGCCCAGCUUGACUUUUCCCAGCUUGACUUUUCCCUUUGGCUUAGUGAUUUUGGGGUCCUGAGAUUUUUUUUUAUUUUUUACAUUUCCCCCCUUUUAAAAAUCCUUCAGAGAAAGCAUUUUAGAAGAAAAUGAGUCCUUUGGUCUUAGGUUUGUCUGAUCUCUCAUGGCUAGGAUGCUUUAUUCCUACAUGAGUAGGUCCCAUGUUAUUAGGAAAGCUCAUGUUUAGCAGGUUGUGAAGUUUCAUGUCCUAUGAAGAGAAAACGGGGAGGAAGGGAGAAAGGCAACAACAAACAAACAAGAACAAUCCUGGAAAAUCUAUAUAGGCCAUAUUACUCUGAAGUCCAUGCAUCAGUAGGCAGGUAUGACAGUGGUUUAUGUAUGUAAAUAGGUUGCUGUUAUUUUCUUCUGAAGUUGUCUAGCUUCAGUUUGCAGGGCUUGAAGAAAGCACAGCUUAAUUUUUAGUGAUUUUAA